AUGGAGCACGGUAUCAAGCGCAUCAAGCAAACAGAAGAGGCUAUAAAAGCGCAAAAGGAGCGGGAGCGUGUAAAGAUUGACAGAUUGGUUUCAAUCGAAAAAGAUGUAUUUGAUCGCAGAUCCAAGGAAGAUUUAAGCCAGGAAUCACUUGAAGCGACCACAACUCUAUUAGCCCUAUAUCCGGAACUGUAUACUGCAUGGAAUUUUCGAAGAACAGUAUUAGCGGACGGCAUUUUCCCGAAAAGCUCUCCUGAAGAAGUAUUCAAGGCUGUAGAUGGUGAGCUUUCGUUGACUUUGGCUGCACUGCAAGUACACCCCAAGGUCUACUGGCUCUGGAACCACCGCCGUUGGUGCUUGGAAAAUAUUCCAGAUGGUCCAGAGGGGGCCGAAAAGUCGUGGAAAUCGAGCAUUUGGGCACGCGAACUUGCCAUCGUCGAGAAAAUGCUGGACAGAGACUCAAGAAAUUUCCACGCUUGGAACUAUAGACGCUACGUUUUGGCCUCGGUGCCCGAGCCUGAUCGUCGAUCCCCCGAAUCUGAAUUGGCAUACACUACUCGUAAGAUAGAACAGAACUUUUCCAAUUUUAGUGCAUGGCAUCAACGGACGAAGGUAUUUGGGGUACUAUGGAGAGAUUGCCCAGAGCUAGAAGCGGCCGCUAAAUCUGAAGAGUUUGAAUUUGUGAGGAAUGCUCUGUGGACAGACCCGGGCGAUCAGAGCGCUUGGCUGUACCACCGAUGGCUUAUUGGGAAAGGAGAUGACGCCGUAACCGUGAAAUCUGAGAUCAGCUCAAUUGAAGAGCUUGUUGUGGAGGUUGGGUCUGAUAGCAAAUGGCCACUACAAGCACUUGUGCACUACAAGUCUUUAUUAGCCAGUCACGAUUCGGCCGCGAAACCUGACCUCCUGCGGGAAUGUAGAACUCUUACGGAGCGACUGAUCCAAAUAGACCCCAUGCGACAACAAAUGUAUCAAGAUCAGCUCGAUGCCUUGACCAGCGAAUGA